AUGUCGCGACGAAGCGACGUACAUUUCUAAAAUAAUAGUUUUUAUAAUUAAAACUUUCUUUUAUUCUAUUUUCUAUCAUAGUGGACAGUUUUUUUUAAUUAAUUAUAAUGGUGAAAUUAUUAUGGAUUGCAUUUCUAAUUGGAAUGGUGUCCGUUUUGGAUGGACAGACCUUGGGCGGUCCAAUGCAUGGUAAAGUUGUAGUCUGCUACAUCGGUACGUGGGCGACAUACCGCCCGGGCGAUGGUCAGUUCGACCUGGAACAUCUGGAGCCCUCACUAUGUACACACAUCGUCUACUCCUUCGCAGGACUCGAUGAGACUACGUUGGGAAUAAAGAGUUUAGAUACUUGGCAUGACUUGGAAAAGAACAACGGCAGUUCUGGCUACCGAGGCCUUGUGGCGCUGAAAAGACGCUACCCACAUCUCAAGGUCACCAUUGCUAUCGGUGGCUGGAAUGAGGGCUCUAGAAAGUUCUCUACAAUGGCAGAAACAGUAGAGAAUAGAGCCAAGUUUAUUAAGAGUGUUCUCGUCUUUCUUGACGUAUAUAAAUUUGAUGGACUCGACUUGGACUGGGAGUACCCGGCGAAGAGAGACGGCAGGUCUAUUGAUAGAGCAAACUUUGUGUUACUAGUAAAGGAAUUGAAAGAAGCUUUCGAGUCCAAAGGCUACUUACUGACAGCAGCACUCGGUGCGGGCAAAGAAACAAUGGACGCAGCAUACGAUAUGCACAAAUUAAGUCGUUACCUUGAUUUCAUUCACAUGAUGUGUUACGACUAUCACGGCACAUGGGACGGUGUGGUUGGAGCUAACGCACCGCUUAGAGGCACUAGCGAUGACGAUGUACUUAGUGUGGAAUACACUAUUAAAUACUUGUUAGAGAACGGUGUCAGUCCUUACAAAAUGGUUCUCGGAGUGCCAUUGUAUGGCCGUACCUUUAUACUCAAUGAUGAUGCACAAGAUAUUGAAUUUGGACGUACGCCUGUCAUGCAAACUGGUUUCAAAGGACCGUAUACAAGGGAGGCUGGCUUCAUGGGAUACAACGAGAUUUGUAUGGAAAUAACGAAUAAGUCAUCAAAAUGGACCCACCAUUGGCACGAUCAAUCCGCCACUCCGUACUUACGCGACGGCAAACGAAUAAUUACUUAUGACAAUACAAGAUCCAUAGCUAUUAAAGUCAAAACUGCCAUGGAGUACAACCUGGGCGGCAUCAUGGUGUGGAGUAUCGAUACUGACGACUUCAGAGGCUUGUGCGAGAAAGACAGAGAAACUGAGACGUAUCAUGAAUUCGUGCAAUCUUACAACCGAAUAGUCGACGACCCGCUUAUGAAGAAGGCUUUGAAAUCUCUCAAUCUUCCAGAUGCUGGUCGCAUCGAAAAUUUGAGUCGACAAAGAGCAUACGUGCUAUCAAACAAUAAACUCCAGUUACGUCUUCCAGCUCCGCAGUACUCCAACUACGCUCUAAUGCAUGCUAUCAAUGAUGCCACUACUCUAGCUCUAGAAGAGAAGAGAAUAUUAGAUGAAAUGAACAGAGUUAUGAAGCAAAAUGAAAUACCCGAUGAACCGGAUUCUGCCAGUCACCUAAGUAUAAGUUUAUUAAGUGUGAUAUGUUGCAUUACAUUCUUGUUAGCGUUAUAAUUAUAAUGUGACAUAAUUUUAUUCUUGUAUAAAGGUUUAUUAAAUUUAGCUGAAGAGUUGAUCCGCUUCGGUAUUUACAAUUGAAAUUAGGUGAUAUGCUUUACAUUGCAUCAGUGACUUUCUUACAAGUAAAUACCAUAUUUUCUACGUUUUUUACAGCUUGAAAUAUUUUAUAAAUUUAACUGACUUUCAAUAUUUUAUAAUUUAUUUAUAGAAACUCAUUAUUUUCUUUUAAUAAUUAAUAAUAAUGUUUUGUUAAUUCCAAUGUCCUCAUUAAUUAUUAAAAGUAAUAAAAACUAUAAAUGAAAUAAUUUUAACCGUAAAUGUUUUGUUUUAGAAGUUAUACGCAUUAUUCAAUUAGCCGAGAAGCGGUUAGCCGCAGCCAAAAUUAUGAAUGAAAAAAAAAUUAAAUUUGGAUGAAAAAAAAAUUGGAUGAAAAAGUAAUUAAAUUUGGAUGAAAAAAAAAAUUCGAUGAAAAAAGUAAUUAAAUUUGGAUGAAAAAAUAAUUAAAUUUGGAUGAAAAAAAUAUUUUAUUCACCCUAAAACGCUCACUAUACGGAACGUAACGUAUAGUGAGAGGCUCGGAGCCUACUCUAAGUUAGGGGUGACGCCUACAACGCGGCCGAUGAAACACUUGUCGCUUGUAGCGAAAAACAUAUACAUCUAAUAUAUAAGUUACGUAU